CCCGGUUCCCCGCGUCCGGCUAAGGUGGCGGCGGUGGCUUUGUGGCGCUCGUAGGUUCCAUAGCGGGUGGCGCGGGGAUCCGGUUGGGCAGGGGCGCCCGGCGACCCGGCGCUCGGCCUGGCUGGGGGCGCCGCAUGGCCGGCCCCGCGCGCUCCGGCUUCCCCGCGCGGACGAACAGCCGCUUGGAUGCCUUCCUGCGGCGGCAUUUGCCACCCGAGGUCUACGAUGCCGUCCGCGCCUACGAACCGUGCAUCGUGGUGUCCGAGUCGGAGAAGCACACCUUGAAGUACGUGGUGCUCAGCGAUCGGCUUAUCUUCCUGACCGAGAACCCUCCCAGGUCCAUCCGAAGGGUCGUGGCGUGGAGAGACAUUGUAGCCAUUGACUUGAUUGAUGAUUACCCAGAAUUUUUGGGAUCACCAGAUAGAGAAACCAACCAACACAUUCGUAUCCUCUAUUCUUCAGCUGUUUUGAAAAAAGAGUGUGAAAAGCAAAGAAGUGUCAGGAAGUUCCUGUUUCCGUUUCACCAUGCCACUGCCAACAACAAAAAAGUUAAGGAAGAGAAUAAUAGCCCUAUUUAUUGGAGAAGAAAAGAGUCUAAAAGUCUGGAUGAAUCGUCUCUCAGGUGCUACCAGCAAAACCGUGCACUGUCCAAGGACUCAAUGGUCUGUCCUCCUUCAGGCCUCAGGAAACCGCUUCUGGGUGGCCAAGGUGCCUUUCGACCCUUACCUACCCCUGCCAGGACAGGUAGUCGGUGCACAGCAGCUCCUGGCAAAGCUAUCUGCUCUCCAUCUUGUACAACAAGCCCCAAAGGGGCCCAGAGAUUUGCAGAUCACACAGACUCUCCAUGUGAAGUCUCUUUCAGGUGCCAUGGGAAUGGAAAUGAGUUUCACUUUGGAAAUACUCUCCUAGCUUACCCUUUGCAGAACAAUUCCAACCCAGAGAAAAAGGAGUUGGAACUUCAUUUGUAUGUCAUUUCCAAAACUUCGUCAAUAUUUCUGCACUUAAAAAGUUCAUGGAACAAUUAUAAUAUAAAGGCUACUCUUUUACAAGAUCCUGUGUAUGCUAGUGAGUAUAGUGCGGUUACAGGAAAUCAAAAGCCAUAUAGAUCUGAAGAGAAAAUUAAGCACUUCAGUCAACUGAAAUCUGAACUUUUUCUUAAAGACAACACUUUGAGGAAGAUACUUUGCUUAGUUACAGAACUUAAAGUAGCAGCUCAGAAGAAUUUCAUUCUGAAAAGGCUUUUCUGGAAAACCAGUGACCUUUUCUAUUUCCUAGUGAACAAACUUCAUGAGUACUUGCCAGAGUCUAAGGAUAAAAAUGCACUUCAAAAUAAAAGUCAAAGGGCCGAUGAGUUGAUGACAUGCAUUGAAAUUAUACAAACUCUAGGCCUGAUGUUCAGAGAGACAGAAAUUGAAUCAUCGCGUAUGAAUACACUGGCAGCUAAGAAGGGAACACUCUUUAAUCUCUUGGUCAUUUUAAUUAGUAAGCCUCAGAUUCCAAAAUCUUGUCCUGUGUUUGACAUCCAGUUGGUGGCUGAUUCAACUUCAGCUGAAAUGUCUUUUGAUGCUGAGUUACAGAAGCUUAUCCUGGAAUACACUGAUACAGCUACAGCACUUUUAUAUGAGAUUCUUCUUGUCUUUCAGCAGGGAAAUCCUGGAUUGGGAUCAACAAAGUUUGCUAUUAGCUGGAUGAUGUCCUUUCUACAAAGUUGUCCUACCACAAUCACUUUUGUGGCCAGUAUUGUGAAUCGAGUGGUGAGGGGGCUUUCGGCUUCAUUUCAGCUGCUGAGUCCCUGCCAGGCAGUUCUGUUGUACCAGCAAUUUUACAUCCUCAAGAGCUGCCUGAAGUAUAGCAAGACUCUUGCUGAGUAUAUUAGGAAUGACUACAGCGAAGAAUUCAGGUACUUCAUCCACAUGCCAGCCUUGGAAAAGAGGCUCCCAUUGUAUUAUCCGAUUGCCCAGCCGACCACUCAGCUUUUUCAUGAAGUUCUGAAAUUGGUUGAACAGGAACAAUGUGUAAAAGGCUACUAGGUUACUAAGGGCAUAAAAAUGUUAAGUGGGAAAGUCAAUAUUUAUAAGAAACUUCUUGAAAGGGGUUCCUGGUCACCGGAAUUGUUGAGAUGAGGACAGAACAGUUUAUCACUUGGUUUUUAUUUAAGCAGUUGUACAAAGGAUUUGAUGAAUACAAUGCAUACUGACCAAUGUCACCCCUUUCAACAUUCUUGCCCAUCCUUCCCAACCUCACUUUUCUUAAUUCUGUAGGAUAUACACUGAAUUCUUGACUGUAGCCUCCCUCCCCUUUCUCCUCUUAAUCCAUUUACCCCUCUUAUCACUUGGUUUGUAAGUUGUUGUGAAUAUUAUGCUUAUCUUAAUUUUUGUGUGGUGCUGGGAAUCACACCUGGGCUUAUCACAUGCUAGACAAACUGCUUUACCAUUGAGCUAUGUUCACAACCCAAGACACAUUUUUUUGGACUUAUUUAGUAUCCAGCUAUCUAUGAAAUCUACAGACAAAAGUUUGAGUGUUGCACUAGUAACUCUCUAAGAGGUCUUAAAAGUUU